AUGAGGCCUUGUUGUGCAGGCCUACCACCUUACUUUCAGGUGACAAAGCUGGGCUACGACGCCGAGCAGAUGCCUUUAGCUCUGCGGCCGCGAUGCCCCUGUUGUGGAUGUAGGCUGAACCCCUUGGAUGAGUUCAAAAUCUCCGAAGUAAAACGUGAUGGUUGCGCUUUUGAUCCCUGCUCUCCGUACGAUAGUAAACUCUACUCGAGCUACUUUGAAUCUUUUGCUCUGCCUACAUCAGCCAAUAGCAUGUCUCCACGCUCAGAAGCCAAAUCUGAUGCUUUACCCUCUUGCCGUGCUGGAGACCACAUGCUUUCUUCCGUUGCCAUUUCCUCAAAGACCGGCACGCAUCCCAUUCAGUCUAACUGCAGUCAUUACUGCUCUCGACGCAUGGCGUGCCGACACUAA